GUUGUGAUUGUUGUGCGACUUUUAGAAGCUUUCUCGAUUAAAUUGGAUGAUUUGUUCCUUAUUUUGCAAAUUCACGAAGGAAAUGAAUUGUUUUUAUUUCAUCAACUGUUUACGAAAAUGCGUAACAUUUUGAAUAUGUGAUGACUUCGUCUGAAAUUUUAGUAUCUCUCUGUGUUAUUCGAAUCGAAGUUAGUGAUCCCGAUUCGGAAGAAAGUGUUGCGGCGAUGGCUGUAAGGAAAAUGAGAGGCUGUCGAGAGCCAAGGAAUAUUACAAUCGAGAAUUACUCGAGUGCCGAAGAAGGUCCAACGCCUUUGUUGCCCCAGAGCUUAAAUAAAUCACAUUCUACUUCCAGACUCAGUCCAGAGGAUGCUGUCUCUUCAAUUUCACAAAAUCCAGCCCCCGAAGGUGCAGCUUCCUGCAAUGUUCCCGAUCAAAUUAGUUUUUUCUCUGGAAAUCCAUUCGUGGAAGUCACCAAGGGAAUUUUGCAUCUGUUUAAAGAAGAUGAAUUGACUGCUGUGAAAAGUGCAGCGACUCGAAGCAACACAAUCUGUAUGCUCUCAGUUCCAGCGAAUAUGACAUGCCAUGAUCUUCUUCAAUUUACUGCCGCAUGUCAUGAAAAUAUUCAGCAUUUUAGGAUCUUGAGGGACGAUAAUCCUGAUCAGUACAUGGCUUUGAUUACCUUCCGUAAUUCGGCACCUGCAAGUGAAUUCUAUGAAACCUACAAUGGAGCGCCCUACAAUUCUUUAGAACCAGAUGCAGUCUGUCAUCUUGUCUUCGUUUCCAAUGUCGAGGUUGGAGACAAUGGAAUGCCAAUCGCUGGUCACACGGAAUUACCAUCCUGUCCAGUUUGCUUAGAACGAAUGGACGAGAGUGUUGACGGGAUUUUGACGGUUCUCUGUAAUCACACUUUUCACGCUAGUUGCCUAGUAAAAUGGGGCGACACUUCUUGUCCCAUUUGUCGUUAUGCUCAAACUCCAGAGCCAUUGGGCGACAGUAAUUGUAUGGAAUGUGGUGGUACCAAUACCGAAUUAAUUGCUUUGUGUGCUUAUGCGCGUUUCUUCUUAUUCCAGAAAAAAAUAUCAACUUUGAAUAAGGAGAAGCAGACUCUGGAGAAGAAAAUACAGAAUAUAACACACAAGCUUUCACAAUCGCAGUCUGAGCUUUCGGAAGAAAAGGCUUUGCGGAAAUCUCUGCAGCUAAAUCAGACAUCGUGGCAAACGAAACACAAGCAGUUGCAGGAUGAACUGGCGCAGUAUAAAACUGGAAAGGAAUCGGAGUUGACCGAUUUAAAGGAGCAACUGAGGGAUGUCAUGUUUUUCCUUGAAGCUCAAAAACAAAUUGAGAAUUCUGCCGAUCGGGAAGAAAUUGCUGCAGGACGCAUUCUUAUCGGGCCUGAUGCGAAAACUUCGAAAAAUUCGAGUACUCGUAGUUCUAGAAGGCAGUCGAAACGUUGAUGUUACAAUUUCGAAUUCAGAUAUUCAGGUAGAAUUUGUUGUUUUUUUUUUAGUUAUUAUAAAACUGUAAAUAGAAGUAAAACAUUACGCAAUUUUGAUUUAGGGUAUUUUGAAGGUGAACUCGGAUUUUUUAAAAUAAAUAUUGAAGUGUAGCACUACAAAA